AUGAGUAUGCAAUUCAAAGAUUCAAAAAUAGAAAGCACAUUUGAUAGGAUAAUGUAAAAAAUUGUAUAUUUAUAUAUAUAGAGCAUCAUGUUAAGCAGGAAUAAUCUCAUCUGUGAUUUCAUUGCCUUUUGACAAUGAGAAGCUAAACUUUAGAAGAUAAAAUGUUUAGAAGAUGGUUCAAUGCCAUAUACAGGUUUGA